AUGCCGCCCGCAAACAUCACGCUCCAACUCGCAAGCCAGGACGAUGCACCUGCCCUCGCAUCGGUGAUGACAGCUGCGUUCUCUGCAACCGAUGCAGCAUAUCCUUUGAUCUGGGGUUCAGCACCAGAUGAGACGCAUGACAUGAUGGCCGUGAUGGGAUUGUUUAGUCCCGUGCAAAAGCCAGAUCGCGUGACGUACAAAGCUGUUGACGAGGAAGCGGAGAAGGUUGUUGGGUUCGCGACUUGGGGAUUGCCGAAGGGCAAAGAAGGGAAAUCGAAGAACGAUGAGGGUGGGCUUCCGCCCAUACCGGGUGUCAACGUGGAGUUGUGGAUGGAUAAGGUGAGGAGUACGAGGAUUUAUUCAGCUAGAGAUGUGGAUGUUGAGAAGGAUAUGGAUUUGAGCUUCUGUUUCGUGUCUCCCGAAUACCAGCGGCAAGGCAUUGCAUCGUCGCUGCUGAGCUUAGGUUUACAAGAAGCAGAUGCAAGAAAAGCUAGGUUCUGGUGUACGAGUACCCCGCAGGCUGUUCCUGUCUAUGAGAAGAAUGGAUGGAAAGUCGUAGAGACGCAUGAUGUUGACUUGGGAAAGUAUGGGGGCGCUGGUGUUUACACUCGGUCUUGGAUGGUGAGAGAGCCAAAGAGCACGCCAAAGAGCACUGACUAG